AAAAAAAUAUUUUUAUAUGAUUUUUAGGAUUCUCAUAUAUACUACAAUAGUACAACAAUUAACAAUAUCAACGUAUUUAAUGAUUAUUGGGUCGAUUUGGAGAACCAUCCAGAUGCAAAUAUUCAUGAUAUGUUAUCAGAUUCUCAUCGCAGAGCUGCAACUAUCAACUUGAAGUUUCAGUUCCCUUUCUAUGGACAUCUAUUAAACUCUACUACAAUUUCAACUGGAGGUUUUUUAUAUUUAGGAGAUUACAUUCAUUCUUCGAUAGCAGCCACUCAAUACAUAGCGCCUUUAAUGGCCAAUUUUGAUUUAAGUUCAUCAAAUCAUUCAAACAUUUAUUACAUGGAAAAUGGUACUGCACUAACAGUAACUUGGCAUAAUGUCACUUUACAAGAUCAACCUAAAGUUGGAGGAUUUACUUUUCAAACAACUUUACAUUCAAAUGGAAAUAUUGUGUUUGCUUACAAAAAUGUACCAACUAAAAUUAAAGAAAUUGAUUCUACAAAUCAUCCAGUGAAAAUCGGACUGUCUGAUGCCUAUAUAUUAGAUAAAACAAUAUUUUUUAUCAGAAGAAAAACUGUUUAUGAAUAUCAUAGAGUAUUAUUCCAUGAAGAUGAAGAAACAGAAGUAACAGAUGGAACUGUUAUAAUUUUAACUGCAUUGCCAACAUGUCUUGAGAAGAAAAAUUGUACUAGUUGUAUUAAAAAAGACACAAAUUUCCAAUGUUUCUGGUGCGACAAUCGAUGUUCAUCAGGAGUUGAUCGCAAUCGUCAAGACUGGCACCAGAAAGAUUGUGAGAAAUUGAAGCUUGUUAAUGAAGAUAUGUGUACAUCUGGAGUGACAACUGUUACUCCUCCUGUGGUUGAUAAUUCUAGUGUUGAAUCAUCUGUUAAAUCUGAAUCUCUAUCGACCAAAUCAGUGGGGUUGGGAAAAAAGAGAAGCUCGCUCUACAGCUGCUACCAUUCAUAUGUAAAAAGAAACAAGUAAUGACAUCAUACAAAUAACUGACAACAAAACGUGUUAGGAGUUUGCUGGUUGAAGCUAUAAAUAUGGAAUAUUAAAUUGAUAGUAUAAAAAGCAUCCAUCAUGGUGAUUUUUGAAAAUAACCAAGGUUUUAGUGAAAAUAUGAACCAUAAAUAUUUAUAUUUUAUUUUGCAUAAUGCAGCUAAUGUUAUUUUCUUACUUCAAUAAAUUAACCUAUUGUUACUUAAAA